AUGGCAGAAGAUCUAUCAAUAGCUACGGACUCAUCCACCAACAAGCCUCCAUUCUUUGAUGGAAUUGAAUAUCCGUACUGGAAGACCCAUAUGCAACUAUUCAUUGAGUCCUCAAACUACAAACUGUGGGACAUCAUUGAAAAUGGCAACAUCGUUCACAAAGAUGAUGUUGGAGAACCUAUAAAGAAAGAUCAACUAACAGAAGCACAACGCAAAGAAUAUCAACUCAACGCUAGAGCAAAGCUGUUCUUGUUAUGUGCUUUGAGAAAAUCUCAGCUGGACAAAGUUGAUGGUCUAGCUACAGCCAAAGAAGUAUGGGAUGCUCUAGGACUUGCCUAUGAAGGUACAACAAAUGUCAGACAAACCAAAGUGAGCUUACUUGUGGCUGAAUAUGAAACCUUCAAGAUGAAGGAAAAUGAAAGCAUUGAUGAUAUGUUUGGAAGAUUCCAAACCAUCGUUAACGGUCUUAGGAAUCUUGAUCGCAAAUAUGAAAAUGUUGAUCAAAUCACAAAGAUUCUAAGAUGCCUUCCCAGGAGAUGGAGACCUAAAGUCACCGCUAUUCAAGAAGCUAAGGAUCUCAGCAAAUUGAGACUGGAAGAUCUCCUCGGAUCUCUAAAGGUUCAUGAAAUAGAACUGGCUAAUGACGAAGGACUGAAGAAGCAGAAGAACAUCGCGUUCAAAGCAAACAGUUCAAAAGCCAUUCAAACAAAGGAACAAUCUGAAGAAGAAGAAACCUCAGAAGAAAUGUCAGAGGAUGAACAAGCUCUCUUCAAUAGGAAGUUCAAGAGAAUGUGGAUCAAACAGAAAAAAGGAAAAGGAACAUCAAGGAAAGACAACAAACGAGAAUCAAGCAUGAAAAAGAAAUCUUUCACUCACAAAGGUGAAGGAGGCUCAAAUAUAGACAAGAGCAACAUUACAUGCUUCGAAUGCAAAAAGCCAGGUCACAUCAAGCCGGACUGUCCAAGACUAGCGAAAAAGUCAAUCAAGAAACCAUUCUACAAGAAAAAGAAAGCCUUAGCAGCCGGAUGGGAUGACUCUGAGGACGGUUCAGAAGAUGAUGAUGAAGAUGAAGAUGAAGAUGAAGAUGCACUCGUUGCUCUCAUGGCAUAUGCAGAAAGUUCAGACGAUGAAGAGGAUGAUGAGGUAAAACCUGAAAAUCUUAAAGAAGAAUUCAAUGACCUACUUGAACAUUCAUAUGCAUUAUCUGAAAAAUACAAAACCUUGAAGAAACAGUUUGCUAAGCUACAACUAGAGCAUGAAAAAGUGUUGACCGAAAAGAACCACAUAGUUAAAGAAAACACUGCCUUAAAGGAACAAGAUUCCGUUAAGGAAGUAACUACUUUGAAGAAAAGAAUUAAAGUUUUAAUAGAUUAUUUAUCUACAUUCACAAUUGGUCAUGAUAAUCUAGUUAAACUGUGCGGCAACAGUCGCGAACUGUAUGAUAAAAGUGGAUUAGGUUUUGACAACGAAUCAGCCUCAUCUAGUGAAAACAUGUUUGACAUAUCCUUUACAUCAUCUGAGUCUGGUCAAACUAAGUUUAUUGUGAACUGCGGAAUUGAGCGAGAUGAAAGGAAAACCUCUUAUGAAAAGAAGGUUCCUCCUAAAAAUGCUUCUAACCCUUCAGGACCCAAGAAAAUCUGGGAUUAA